GUCUGUCGCUCAUGGCUUCUGCCGAACUGUGGUAUAGCAUGUGAAGUGGGAUUGCGUUUCGCACAGUGCUUCGCUCAUCAGCAACUUUAGUUGCUCACAAAAGCAUCUAACAUUCCAGGGCUGCGAUACGGCGCUGAGCUCAACAUCGCCUGAAACGGCCAAACAGCCGACUGGGGGAAUCCGUUUUGGACGUCCAUUAAGACAAGGUCUCACAAGAUCUUGAAGUCGGAAACAGCCAGACAACAGGCCCUAAACAGCAGCAGACUGUGACGUCAACUCGUGGGCGAAAGACACAAAACAUACAGGCCAUCACCGUGGGCACCAUGUACGAACAUGUCGACGAUGAGAUGGCGGAGGAGGGCGUUCAUGAAGACGCUCGGCUCAAAGGGAGAGCCAGUCAAACCUUGACGGACCGGCAGGACAGCAAUUCGGCACCCCGGUACCCUAUCCCCAAGAGAGCCAUGGGCGCCGUCGAGAUCCCCAUGAUCGUCAUGAACCUGGGUCGGACAGAAAAGGCAUUCGGUAACAUCUCGUCUUUUCAAAAUAUCCUGGACACGGAGCGCAACACGAUCCCUUUCUAUCUCAAUCCCGAGAGCCCCUUCCGCAGGCCCAUCAUGUCUCACAGCGCUACGAGUCACAACGUUGUGUUGAAGGUCACAGUGCCGAAGCGGACCGGUAGAAAGCGGAAGAGGGGGGCUGACGGGCCGUGGGAGGGCAAAGUCGAGGUGGCCGACGUCUCCAGGCUGGGUUCGUCAGGGGAGCAGAUCUGCUCGAGGUCUCGGUUGGACAACCCGAAGGUGUUACGGCGGAAAAUGCAGGACAACGUCGACAACUACGACGUCGAGGCUGUCGGCGUUAUCAAGCACACGCAUCGCUUCAGAGGCAUGGCGGACUUCCACUGGGGCCUCGAAAACUCACCUUUCAUAUCCAAGUUCAUGAACCAGGUCAUGCCUGGCGACAGUGAGUUAUUUGACAUCGGUUUUCCGACUCAACUGACCCGCGCAGUCACACAGAUGAGAGACUUCAAGUUCGUCGAGGGCGUGGACAAAGGGCCUAACGUAGACAUCAUCCCGCCGCCUGUGUGGACGCCAAUGACACUGCCCUUCAUUUACAACUACUCCCAGAACCCCUACGUGCGCUCUGAGCUCGACCACGCCGGUCAGACCAAGCUCGUCAACACCCAGCUCCCGACCCUCAUCGGUUACUUUCUCAAGGCAGACCAAUACCCCAUCCCGGAUGGGCCACAGACGCCCUACGACGGCACCGAUGAGGAGGUCACGCACUGCAUCGCGCGCAUGCAGGAGGCGAUGCAGGAUCGUCCGAUUUGGACACGCCGGUCCCUCAUGAACAAGCUCGGAUCCAUCGUCCGCAAUGCCAACGUCAUGAAGCGCUGCGUCGGCUAUGUCGGCUACCAGUUCCGCGGCGGGCCAUGGCGUGACGCCAUCAUCAAGUACGGCAUCGACCCGCGCACCGACCCGGCUUACCGGACGUACCAGACCAUGAUCUUCAAUAUGAGAAAGCUGCAGGCCGGCCACAUUGGCGAGACUUGGCACGCUAUCCGUAGCCUGCGUACCGAGCAGCGCCAGCCGCAGGGUGACAACCACGAGUCCCACGUCUUCGACGGCAAGUCAUACUGGACCGACGGCAAAGUCUGGCAAAUUUGCGACAUCACGGAUCCACUCAUCGCAAGGCUCUUCGCUGAGGCGCCGCUACGGCCCGAAGUCGAUAUUUACAACAGCGGCUGGUACCACCAGGGCACGUGGGCCAAGGCCAAGGGUAUCAUGAAAACCAAGAUGAUUGCGAUCCAGUUCGGCCGCAAGCUCAGAGACGAAGACUUCUCUGGCAUUUUUGACGUGCGCGACACGACGCCACCGCCGGGCGCCUCGAGCGUCCACGUACCGCUACCAGACCUCGAGCUCACCGACGCAGAGAAGCGCGUGCUAUAUGGUCGCCGCUUCAAGGAACCCAAGAAGAAGCGCAAGGGCACCGCCUACCGUGUCACCAAGUCCAACGGACCGCGAGGUGUGGCCGCUGCGGCGGCAGCAGGCAGUGGCGUGGGCACGCCAAACACGGAGACGGGCGCACAGGAGGAGCUCAUAUCUGCCGGCGAGGACAGUCUCGAGGAGGAUGACAGUGAAGGUGACGAUGACGACGAAGAUGGCGUGCUUCCCGGCGAGGGGCGUGUGUUUGCACCUGUGCCUGGUCUCGACGAGGAUAUGGAUGAGAUUGGGGAAGAGUAUGGCGAUGAGGACGAGGACGGGUGGGUUAUGGCUAUGGCGAGGAUGCCGAGGGGUACAAUGAGAGGCGUGUCUAUGAUAACGCGGGCGAGACACAUUCCAGCGUUGCAUAUGCGACAGAACAGACUGGUCAAACGGACGUGGACAUGGAGUCAGCCUAUCCCUCAGAAGCAUUGCCAUAAUAGAUUCUCUUACCAUGUAAGCGGAUAUUGGGGGCUGCAUCGCUUAUAAAUCACUAGUCAAGCAUAGUUAUAGAAAUACUAGAUUGUAGACAUGAUUCUGUCACUCGAC